AUAUACCCCGUGAGCUCCAAAACAACAUAAAGUGGGGGAAAACAUGGCGAGCGGAGAGGAGGCCGGAAGAUGCCUCUCGCUUACCUCCUCUUCGGUCGGCUUGGAGGCUCUCUUUCCUGCACGGACAUCGGAGCAGGUCUGCGGAGACGGGAAUCCGGAGCUGGUCCGGCUGCGGGAGCGUGUCCAGGCCUGGCUGUCGCAGUAUGAGCCGCUGCUGCUGUGGGUGCAGAGGCUGCUGGUGUGGGAGAGGCCGCUGCACAGCAUCUCUGCCGCCCUCACACUCAACACUUUAUUCUGGCUGCUCUCUUCCACCUCCCUGCGCCCCCUGUUUUUGCUGAGUGUCUCCCUGCUGGGACUCAUGCUCCUGGAGAGAUGGAAGCUUGGGUCGGUUCCUGUCAUUACUGUUCAACCUGCAGAGACUCAGCCAGUGCAAAGUGAACCUUUGAGUGUGCACCAUCACCUGCUCAGCAUUCCUGAGCUCAGCCACUACCUGGCAGAGAGCUACCUGACCUGCUGUCUCUACCUGCAGGAAAUGUUGCAAUACAAACGACAGAACCACGGCAAGUUUUGCAUGAUGAUGUGCAGUGGUAGCUUUGUACUUGCUGUGGUUGGCCACUAUGUACCAGGAAUCAUGAUCUCCUAUAUUAUAGCGCUGAGUGUCCUGCUGUGGCCACUGGUGGUUUACCACGAGCUGAUUCAGAGGAUGUACACUGCCUUAGAGCCAGUCCUGAUGAAACUGGACUACAGCAUGAAGGGACACACUGGGCAUCGCAAGCACGACAAGAAAAAGGUGAAAAAGGAGGUGGAGGAAGGAGAUGAGCCACGAGCUGAAACAGAGAGUGAGAGUGAGGAAGAGCUGUCCUGUUUCGCCACAACGGUGGACAUGAAGACCACGGCCCUAGCGAUGGCCAUCACAGAUUCAGAGCUGUCAGAUGAGGAGGCAUCUAUCUUGGAGAGUGGAGGAUUCUCUGUGUCCAGAGCCACCACUCCUCAACUCACCGACGUCUCAGAAGACCUGGACCAGCAGAGUGUACACAGUGACCCAGAAGAAGCCUAUCUACGGGAUCUGCCCGAGUUCCCCUCAGUGGAGGAGUUCCCGUCCAUCGAGCACAACCUGCUCCACUUCCCUCUCCGAGGCCAUUCCCAGGCUGACGGUGUUCAGGCUGUGGCUCAAACAGUGGGGGAGCAGCUGAGCCCCGCCAGCCUCCUGCUCCAGCACUUGGCGUCUCCUCUGCAUUUUGUGAAUACACAUUUCAAUGGAAAUGUACAACCAUCUGGUGCAGGCAUAUUGUCCAUAACAACUGCUGGGGAGGUGAAGACCAGUGCAGUCACCCCGGGUGCACAGCGGUCCCUGGAGGCUUUAAGCGAGGAGAUAGUGAGCACCGCUAUCUCCACUGUGGUGCAGAACACUCUUUCAGCCCUGCUGUGCUCCAGUGAGGCCAGUGAAGAGCCCACCUUGGCUGAGUUCCUUCCCACUGAAACCCUGCCAGGCAUUCUGGAGACCCCACCCAGUGACAGCACCUCUAAGACUUCAUCUACAACAAUAGGACCACUGGAGCCUGAGGACCUGGAUGAGGCAGCUACAGCAGAAACUGGUGCUGGCGAUGAAAUGCAUGACAACACACUAGUUCCCACCGAGGAAGAGGACUUUGAGCUUCUGGACCAAAGUGAACUGGAGCAGGUGGAUGAGGGGCUGGACCUCAGCUCUGACAGACAGGUGCCUGGAGGAGCCUCAGAGGCUCCAGACAUGUCUCCAUCUUCUCGGCAUCAACCACAAUCCUAGCUUCCCUAUACACACCUCCAACUGGUUUUUAUUUGUAUGUUACAGCGAAAAUAUAUAUAUACACACACACAUCACUACUGCUAUAUACAAAACAUUUAUCCAAGAGUUUGUAGUUGAAUUCUGUUGGUUGGUAAUUGCAUCCUCAUGUAACAGCUCUGUUCAGCCUCAGGUUGUAUUGAUUCUUGUCCAAAAAUGCCAUUGGGAUCACCAACUGGUCUAACAUACCAUUGACUGUGAUGGACAGGGUUGUUCAUAAAUAGAUGAUAUAUAUAUUUACACACACCCCAAACAAGUCAUCAGUAAGUGUUAAGAGGGCAUAUCUGGUCUAGGCUAUAAUUUAGAGAUGUCAUAUCUUGAUGUGUUUUUUUUUUGUUUUGUUUUUUUUUUUUAAUCUCUGGUGGCUAAUAGGAAACCUGUCAGUAACGAUGCCUUCAUUUUCAUUCUUGGCAAAGCGUUCUUGGACAGACAUCUAGAUGGUCUUAUGGGAGGUUGAGAUGUUGAUUUAUAGAAUUAUUGUGAUAUAAAUUAUUUGAUUUAAAGCUUGAUUGGUAAAGCUUAUUGUUGGGUUACAUAUAGGUUUUAUCUGUUCAGGUUCCUGUAAUGAUUGUACAAAGUGUUUUUAUUAAUGACUCAAAUUCUCAGAUUUAGGAUGUAGUUGAAUAUACAGAACGUUAUUGCGCUCAUUUUUCCUCCGAGCUAACUGUUUCGACAGAAUCUGUCAGUUUUGUCUGUAAAUGCAAAUGUAAGCGUUGAUGUUUGGUGUUGAGAAUUUUUCUUUUUCUCCUGAAUUUUUGUGAUCAAUGCCUCUCUUUUAAGAUGUGAUGUAGUGUCAGGGGUAGUGAUAGUGUGCCAUGCUGUGGACCCUGUAAUACCACCAGCACGCAAGAAUUCAGGUCAACAAAAAUCCCAACCAGGCCAGAUUUAAAUGACCGCAACAA